ACUACAUGUAUGUGUACGGUUACUGAAGCGACAUUCUGCGUCGCUCCGCGUCCCUGCACGUGGACACUCCUCAGUUCACCGCAUGGUAUAAAGGCAUUCUCAGGACGCUCGUUGCAAAGUGCAGUGACUGCGACUGAAGUUAAACCGGACAAUCCGCUGAAAAAGCCUUGUUUUAGUUAUGGCCAGUUCAUGUAAAACGCCGGUUAAACACGAUGGAGUGGAGGACGUCGGAGCAGCUGAAGCGGCUGCUUGUCCAGACUUCGUUCGUCUCAAGAGCGUUUUACCACCGAAGUACCGCAACGAGCUGCUAGAACUUUUUAAACUAGCUGGACCCGUGAUCAUUUCCCAGGCCAUGAUCUUCAUGGUUGGUUUUGUCAGCAUGGUUUUCUGUGGUCACUUGGGAAAAACUGAAUUUGCAGGAGUAUCGCUGGCAGCUGCAGUAGUCAACGUGACUGGUGUUUCUAUUGGCAUUGGAUUGUCGCUGACGUGUGACACCCUCAUAUCUCAGACGUAUGGGAGCGGUAACUUGAAGCGAGUGGGUGUGAUUCUGCAGAGGGGGGUUCUGAUUCUGCUCCUGGCCUGUUUCCCCUGCUGGGCCGUCCUCAUCAACACUGAACCCCUGUUACUGGCUGUCAGACAGAGUCCAGAGGUCGCCAGUCUCGCCCAACUUUAUGUGAAGAUCUUCAUGCCUGCUCUGCCGGCCACUUUCAUUUAUCAGCUGCAAGGAAGGUACCUUCAAAAUCAGGGAAUUAUUUGGCCUCAGGUGAUAACUGGAGCUAUUGGAAACCUCCUAAAUGCCGUCAUCAACUACAUCUUUCUCUUUCCUCUGGAUUUGGGUGUCGCUGGAUCUGCAGCAGCUAACGCCAUCUCCCAGUACGUGCUGGCUGUGGUCUUAUUCGUUUACAUCUUCUGGAGGGGGCUUCACAAGGCCACAUGGGGAGGCUGGUCACUGGACUGUCUGCAGGAAUGGGGACCCUUUGUUAAGUUGGCCAUUCCCAGUAUGCUCAUGCUUUGCCUGGAGUGGUGGCUGUUUGAAGUGGGAGGAUUCCUGGCUGGUAUCAUUAGUGAGGCUGAGCUGGGAGCUCAGUCCAUAAUAUAUCAAUUGACAAUAAUAGCUUUCAUGUUCCCGCUAGGAAUCUCUGCUGCUGCCAGUGUCCGGGUUGGAAAUGCUCUUGGUGCAGGAAACGUGGAACAGGCUAAACUUUCAUGCAAAGUCUCCGUCAUCUGUGCAUUCAUAAUUUCAUGCAUUGUUGGAACUAGUUUCAGUUUAUCUAGACAUGGCAUUGGAUACAUUUUCACUAAUGAGCAAGACAUCUUGCUGAGGGUAGCUGACGUCAUGCUUAUAUUUGGCUUCAUGCAUGUAGCUGAUGGAACUGCGGCAGUAACUGGAGCUAUCCUCAGGGGAGCAGGAAAACCGUUGGUUGGUGCUCUGUGUAACCUGGUGGGAUACUACUUCAUUGGGUUUCCCAUUGGUGUGUCUCUCAUGUUUGCAAUGAAAAUGGGCAUUGUGGGACUAUGGAUAGGACUCACAAUUUGUGUGCUUAUGCAGUCGAUUUUCUUCAUUGCAUAUUUGUGUAGACUAGACUGGAGGAAGACUUCAGAAGAGGCUCUUGUGAGAGCUGGAGUCAAAUUAAAAAAAGAAAAAAAGACAGUGGAGAUGGAAAAUAUGGGCUCCAGUCAGACACCGAACCAGAGCAGCGCUGCUCCAACCCAAGGUGACAAUGCUCCAGAAAAUCACCCCUACGUGGAGGUGCAAAUUCCAGAUAAUCCAGACCACAAUGUAUCUACAACCACCACAGUGGGAGUUGUUCUCCCAGUAAAGCAGCUCAUUCUACGACGUGGUCUGGCGUUGCUGCUUAUGGUUGUCAUCCUCGUUGUUGGAAUCCUACUUAGUGACUUUCUAACCCACCUGUUGAAAUGAGUCCUCCAAUUAUGUACAGCUGACUGUUAGGCUGACGGUUGUUAGGUUUUAUUGCUCAACAAUAUUUUUAAGUUAAUGCAGUCUUAACUUGUAGUAUAACUGGUGACAUUUUACUAGAAAUUGCACAGUGAACAACAUUAGCUUGCUGACAAGUGUCACUUACUGUUUGGUGACAAGGCAAAGUCAAGGCAAACCGAGCCUGAUAAUCCAGGAGGGUAACCAGAGCAAAUGAACCUGAAAUGCUAAUUAAUGAAUGGAAGUCUUGGACUUCAGCGGACAGUAAAAAAGAGAUGGUGUGCUGCCUCUAGUAAAAAAAGUAAGUACCACCAGUUACACAAAUAGAGGAUGUUUGCUUUCGUAAGAAAGCUAUAUCAUAAUCUGACGUAGAAUUUUAUUGUAAUGCGAUUUCUUAUGACUUUUGUGGAAAAUUGUACAAAAUGCCCCUUUAAUGAUGGAAUUUUCAGUAAAGAUGUGUUUUUGUUAUUAAAUGGCCCAAUCAUUUAUUUAAAACAA